AUGAAGUAAACAAUAAGCACAAACUUGUAAAUAAACAUUUAAAAUAUAAAAACCGAUAUUGAUAUUUGAGACGUCAGCAUACUCGUCAGACGGCAAAUUCGUCACAUUGGCAGCACUGUUAGUGGUGCUAAUGUCCGCUAGGUCACGAGUGCGCCAGGUGAAUUGCAUUUUGAAACACCGGUUUAUUGAAUUAAAUUACGUACAUAAUUUUUGUGGACGAAUUAGACGGUUAAAAAAUGAUAACGGCAGUCAAUGAAUUCCUAGACGAUUUGCGCGGUGGUAGAAUGACAGAAGCACCAGUAGUAAACGUGGAACAGGGCCGGCUGCAGGGCCGCGUGGUCAAUAGCCCCUCGGGCAGGGCGUUCUACAGCUUCCAAGGGAUACCGUACGCGAAGCCGCCACUCGGCUCCCUUCGGUUUAAGGCCCCUCAACCUCCUGAACCUUGGGAGGGUAUCAGAGAUGCCACCUCCGAGGGGAACGUGAGUGCGCAAAUCGACUAUACCUUCACCAAAGAGUACACAGGCGACGAGAACUGUCUCUUCCUCAACAUUUACACCCCCAACCUUGACGGCGAGUUCCUCCCUGUCUUAUUCUGGGUUCACGGGGGUGGUUACAGGUGGGGGUCAGGCAACAGUAACUUGUAUGGCCCUGAUUACUUAGUAGAAAAGGAUGUUGUGGUUGUAACCAUUAACUACAGAUGUGGACCUCUGGGAUUCCUAUGUCUGAACACCCCGGAAGUCUCAGGUAAUGCUGGUUUCAAAGACCAAAUUCAAGCCUUAAGAUGGGUGAAAGAGAAUAUCCAUAAUUUCGGAGGUAAUUCUGGUAACAUCACAGUUUUUGGGGAAAGUUUUGGAGCUAUUUCAACGUCUAUUCUCACCGCCAGCCCAUUGAGUAAGAAUUUGAUGAGCAAAGCCAUCAUGCAGUCAGGCUGUGGUCUCUGUCAGUGCUUCCAAGAAGAUCCUAUAAAGAAUGCUAAGACCCUAGCGAGUCAUCUUGGCUGUGACGCUGACGAUGUCGAUGAAAUUCUUGAAUUUUUGAACUCUACGCCGACUAGAGACCUUGUAGAAGCCAAUGAGAAGAUCAAUCCACUAGAUAGUAGUCCUAUGCUCUUCACAUUAGUGAUAGAAAAAGAGUUUCCAGGCAUCGAAGCCGCGAUUUCUGAGGCGUUUAUCGACAUCUUAACAUCUGGAAGAGUAGCCAACGUUCCUGUUAUGAUAGGUGGUACUACGCUUGAAUUAUGCAUCGAGAAGAAGUCUGACGAUCUACAAGAUUUCAUACCUGCAGAUUUGAAAUUAGAAAGGAACUCUGAGGAAUCUUUGGCUAUUGCCGAAAAAAUUAAGGAGAUAUACUUCAAAGGGAAACCCAAAAACGCUGAAACUAUGUUGGAACAGUUCCAGCUCUUCUCUGACCAAGCUUUCAAUAUAGAUAUGCAUAGAUACAUCAAAUAUUUGGUCCAAGCAACCAACAAGCCGAUAUACUUUUACAAAUUUGAUUAUGUUGGCGAAUUAAACGUAUCUUUGCCCCUAUUCAAUCAAAUUGGGAUGAAGUGUGCCACUCACAUGGCUGAACUGGGAUAUCUGUUCAAGAACGACUUCCAGAAGGACGUGGAGCCAACUCCUCAGGAUGUGAAGACCAGGGAGAGGGUGGUUAGGCUCUGGACUAACUUCGCCAAGAGUGGGAACCCAACCCCAGACGAGAACCACUACCUCACUACCACGUGGUUGCCGGUGACCAAAGACACCCAGUACUAUCUGAAUAUUGGCUCUGAGCUGUCUCUCGGAACAAACCCGGACAAAGAGAAGAUGGACUUCUGGGACGAAGUGUACACAAAGUACUUCAAAAUCUGGGACCAUCCGAAGACGAACACCUUAGAAGCGCCGCGGAAAACGGAGCCAGAGAUCAUCUCCGUUAUCGAAACUGUUGUCACCAGUCAGGUAAUCGAAGAGUCUUCCGUGCCGAAAACACCCGAACCAUCCCCAGAAAUAGUCGAUUCACCGCCGGAAAUACCUGAACCGAUACCCGCAGUCCCCGAGCCAGAGCCAGUCAUACCCGAACCGGUGGCGGAGAUACCCGAACCAGCGGCGGAAAUACCUGCGCCAGCGGCGGAGAUACCCGCACCAGCGGCGAAGAUACCCGAACCGGCGGUAAUAUCCGAACACAAGCAAGAUACCCACGUCAACGGUAUACAUAGCAAACCUAGGACGUCUAAUGAAAUCAAAAUGGUGCAGAACUCGAAUGGGAUGCCCAAGGACGUGAUCAGGGCCAACGACCCCCCAGAAGACGACUUACCCAAAAACAUAGGUGUCAACAAAUUCGUUAAUUUCUUCGAGUCACUCGGCGGGAAAAAGUAGACUGUUCUAUUGACCAUACGAGUUCAGUGUAUGCUUUAAAUCAGUAAUUAAGAGCAGUCUACAUUGGCUAGUAAUUCAUGAUAUCUGAUAUCGAUUGUAGUGCUAAACAUGUUUGACUUUAAAUAGAUGUAACAUUUAAACUUUCUCGCAUGGUCAUGUUGGAUACUAAUUAAGUGUGAAAGUUGUCAUAGAUAAUAAAAUUUACAUUUAAUAAUAUAUAUUUACGACCUUUUUGGCAAACUAUAGUACAGCUACUUUACCCUCGAGCAGGGCUGGUUAGACGAUCUUUGCCGACAUCUCCGGAUCGAGGAAAUGACCAAUCAGAAUAAAUUUUGAUCGCAACGUUCACGUAUAAUUUGUUUGUUCUAUUUCCUUAAUAGAUACUGAGGUCGCUAUCGUGUUGAAUUCCACACCACUUAGUGUUAUGAUUUCAUGAGUGAUAUAAAAAAAAUAGUUUAUCGACAACUUUCAUACGUUUCCUUUCCAAUUGUAAAUUAAAAGGGAUCAAUUAAUUUCCAAGUAAUUUAAUUUUACAGUAUUUAUUUCGCAUAUAUCGCAAACAUUCCUAAUUUGUUAUGAUCAUUGCAAGAGUAAUGUAGUCUAAAGUCUUAGUUACAGUUACAUUGGCUGAUAUUUUCUGCAUUCAAGUUAAUGAUAUCCUUGGCAAGCCGUCGUUUAAUGUAGUCCUAAAUUUCAUACAAGACGCUUAAUAUAACAGGAAGAAAAAACAUAUUCACUACAUCACUAUGACAUUUCCUUGUCAAUAAGUAUUGAUUAUUUAAGGUUAAAAUUAUUAUUAUAAUUGUCAAAAAUUGUAGAUUUAAUUAAUAUUCGUUGUCUUCCUAUGCAAUUACCUCCCCCAUUUUGUGACAGGCGAAACAGGUCGGCGAAAUAAGGUUAAAAAAAAAGAAAGUACUUAACAUUAAAAUUAUGAGAAAGAAAGAACUAGAAAUAUUUGGGAUCAACAAAUCGAUUCUCUCGACAUAUUUGGCCACCUUGACAGUGGACUUAAUUCAGUUUGAACCUUAAUUCCUUAUGUCGCAGUAGCUUACAGCCGUUAACAACUAUACUUAUAAUAUUGGCAGGUCCAAAUUUUCGCUAUUUGUCACUUCACUUUGUUAUAAUUAGGGAAAAAGCGCCAUUUUCAGUGGCAGUUUGUAUGUACCGCAAAUAGUCUGAGAUAUAAGAUGCAUUUACAUUUAUUCUAUUACUUCCAUUUGUAAUAAAAUUGUCAUGUCGUAUUGUACUUUAAUUUCGAUGUUGACUUUCCAUAAUCCAGUAUUUACAUUGCGGCCUUUUUGCUUAAAAAAUAUACUAGUCUACAUACGAUGGUAACAUUGAUUAAACAAAACAUUAUAACUUGUUCCUUUAUUUGAACUAAGUAUAUUUUUGACUUAUUUUUUUUAAAUCCGCAAUAAUUUUUAGCGGGAAUAUUUUCAAGAUGGCGCGGGAGGUCCUCCGCUCAAUGUGAAUAUUAGAUGUCUUUAUAUUCAAAAAUUAAUAUUUAUACAGUAUAUAAAUUUUGUGCCAAUAAUGUCUAGUUAUUAUUUCCAUCUUAGACGUUAAGAGUAUAUUUUUAUAUCAAUUAUUAUGAAUAAAUAUUGUAAGUAACA